CCUCAAGCUUUGCAACAAAGACUAAAUGCGCACUCAACAUCUGUUGAUUGCUGUACUCAGCACUGUUGUCGUUCAGCUGCAGGCCACCAAGACUUCAAAGACGGCACAUGCCAAGACUACCGAAUUACCAACAAAGGCCUUACACCCAUGUUUCUGGUCGACUGACCCGGACGAUGGACAUGGAAUGUACCCUUUAUACAUCGACGAUAGCUUCUCUUACUUCCGUCUCAAACAACCUACAUGGCAAAAUCCUGCUGUGACGACAGAAUUGCAGGACAAGCACCUCAUCACUAUUCGACGAGGUGACCCAGACGUGGAGGAAAAGCUCAAGAUAGUCCAAAAUUUGACGUUCUUCUACGGUUACCCAAACACUAAGCAGCCCUCAAAAGGUCGAAAGACGAGGCUCUACGGAAUUGAGACUUGCCAGGCCGCUCAGGUCAAUGGCGAUCACGGCUUAAAAUGGGGAAAACGUGAUUGUCCCGAAGGUCUCAGCUCGGCUUGGCGAUUUUUCAAAGGGGAAGGGGAAGGUGUAUCUUGGCUGUAUGGUGCCACUGUGGAAGCAACGAUAGUUGGCGCUAAGAACCGCAAGGUAUUCGUUGAUCACUGGUGUCCAUGGCACUACAAGAUUCAAGAAGAUGAAUAGCAAUCAUCCUGAGCAGGAAUAUCAACAAACGAGGGCCUUCUAUUUUUCAACGCUGCAGCUGCUACCACCAAAUGUCAAAAUUGCUCUGCUUCUCCUAAGUAUUCAGGUAGCUGCAGUCUGCUUAAGCCGUAGUCUUCAAAUCUUACCUAUGCGGGAACAAUCCAGUGCACGUUACUAGCUAUAGCAAGCUCCAGCUUCGGAAAUCCAGA